ACCAAAAAUCUAAAACCAAAAUCAUCAUCACAAGAAAUAACAACAAACCUUCAGUCAGUCAGUCAGUCAGUCAGUCAGUCAUUCAGGAGUCAAUCACAGGAGUCAAUCGCAGCUGUCAAGCCCACAUCAAUCAUGCUUAAGAUACACAUGCUCGAGCAGGUCGUCAACACGGAGAAUGUCUGCGAGAAUGCCCAGGAGCUAUCACCCAAACGGAAAGUGCCACACGGCAUUGCCACUGGCAGUGGCAUGAGCAUGUCUGGCAUCGGUGGCAGUUCCUCCUCGAAUGGCGGCAGCAGCGCCAAGAGCACACCAACAGUCUCGGCCACAUCGUCGCCGCAUCAUCAGCCCACGCCACCGCAGCGGCACAUACACGUGACGGGCGGCGGCAGUGGGAAGAGCGUCAGCCAGGGAUCAUCGCCAGCAGGGCGUCAGCAUGCCUUCAUGGGCAACACACAGAAGCAGCCACCAACGGCAGGAGGAGGCGGAGGCGGCGGUGGCAGUGGCGGUGGCAGCGUCACCCACAGUCCGGAACGCUUGCGCGGUGCCACGCAGGAUCUGUUUGAGCUUCUGGAGCGUGUGCAGUGCUCGCGACUGGAUGAUCAGCGAUGCGUUCUACCCGCAUAUUUCUCACAGAACCAUCAUCGCGGCAGCAAUGCCACCAGCGAGGAGCGUGUACCACAACCGCAUUCCCCACACGACAGUCACAACGUGGCACACAACGGCGGCGCCGGCGGCGGUGGCUUGCAGCACUCUGGUUCGCGUGCCACGCUGCGACACUCGAUGAACCACUCGAGCACCUCUGUUUCCGGUUCGGCCUGCAGCUCGACACCCGCCUCGCCGCAGCUCAGCGGAGUGGUGAGUGCCUCCGGAGGUCAGUUGCUGUCCAAUGGCCAUCACUACCAGUCACAGUCAUCGGUGAGCUCGAAUUCGUCGAUUGUUUCGGCCAUACCCGCCUCACAGCGACUGCUGGAGGAUGCGCUGGCCAAGGCGGCGCCCUAUCCGAUGAUCAUGCUGCCGCUGCACGGCGGCUACUGGCUGGACGGCACCGAGCACGAGUGCAGCUACGAUGCAAGGGGCAACCCGCUGCUGCCGCAGACCACUUGGAUGGCCAAGUUCGAGACGGAUGACACGGCCAAGUGUUACAGGCGGUUCUAUGCGGCGCGCGAGCACUCGAAUCUGGUGGGGCAGGACGAGCAACUUGGACCCGUGCUCAUCUCCAUCAAGACGGAGAAUGUGGCCAACCAGGAGCACAUGCGAAUCCUGCUGCGCCUGCGCACUGGCACCAUGCACGAGCUCAUUCCGGUGUCCUGUUUGGGCGCUCAGCCGAGUCCCGCGAAGAUGGUGAGGCUGCUGAACGAGCAAAUCCAAGUGGACAACUUCAUGCCGGUGCUGUGCCCCAAGGCCUCUAAUCUGAUCAGCGUCUACGACGAGCAUGUGCUCGUCUCGCACUUCAAGUUUGGAGUUUUGUACCAAAGAUACGGCCAGACGACCGAGGAGGAGCUGUUCGGCAAUCAACAGACAUCGCCGGCAUUCGAUGAGUUCUUGGAUGUGCUCGGCCAACGCAUACGCUUGAAGGACCACAAGGGCUAUCGCGGGGGUUUGGAUAUACAGAAUGGACACACCGGGGACACGGCCGUCUACGAAGUGUUCAAGGAGCGUGAGGUCAUGUUCCAUGUGUCCACGCUGCUGCCCCACACGGAGGGUGAUCCGCAGCAGUUGCAGCGCAAGCGACACAUUGGCAACGACAUUGUGGCCAUUGUGUUCCAGGAGACGAACACACCCUUCUCCCCGGACAUGAUCGCGAGUCACUUUCUGCACGCGUUCAUUGUGGUGCAGCCGCUGGAGCCGAACACACCGCACACCCGCUACAAGGUCAGCGUCACGGCGCGCGAUGAUGUGCCCUUCUUUGGACCCACACUGCCCAAUCCCGCUGUGUUCCGCAAGGGUCAGGAGUUCAAGGAGUUUAUCCUCACGAAGCUGAUCAAUGCGGAGAAUGCCUGCUACAAGGCGGAGAAGUUCGCCAAGCUCGAGCUGCGCACGCGCACUUCGCUGCUGCAGAAUCUCGUCGAGGAGUUGCGCGAGAAGACGCGGGACUUUCUCGGCGCAGAUCUCUCGCAGGCAACGGCUGGCAGUCCCACACCCGAGACACCCAAGCCGGAGAGCGGCAGUGGCGGUGGCAAUGCAGGCACACGCUUCAUCGACACCGUCAAGAAGGCGCUGAUCAUGCGCGUGCGCUCCCAGAGCGUGGACACGGGCAACGGGCAGGACAAGUUCAGUGUGAACACAAAGCUGGGCACUCUAAAUGCCAAGAAGGAGUCACAGCCAGAGAUGCAGACACCCAAUUUGAAUAGCUGCAGUCGCACCGCCUCGAAAUCUUCCUCGAAAUCAAAAUCCUCAAAUGAAUCCACCUCCUCGUCGCCGGACAUUACCUCGCGACAGGCCACCAUCAAUAACAACAACAAUGGCAGCUCCAAUGGCGGCGGCUUGCACACCCAAAAUGGCUCCGGCGUGGGUGGUGUGGCAGCUGCUGCUGUGAGUGCCGCACAGAAUGGUGGCGUGGCCGUGGCCACCAUGUCCGAGACGAGCGAUGAUUCCAGUUUGAAUAGCGUGGAUUUGGAUCCGAUGAUGGGACAUCUGGAUGGCGGUGCCACGUACAUUGACAGCGACACGGGGCUGGAGAGCAUGAGCUCCGCGGAGGCCACCACCAAGGCAUGUUCGCUGUGCCUUGACGGGGUGCAGGCCACCAUGAUGGGCAGCUCGCCGAGCAAUGAGACAAUUGUCAAGAUUGAGAAUCUGCGGCAGGAGGUGACGCGACUCAAGUGCGAUAAAUUGGAUCUACUGCGUCAGAAUGUGACCUGUCAGCGCGACAUUAAGCGACUCCGGGAGAGGGAACUUUCGCUGCAGGGCGAUCUGGCGGCUGCUGGACGGGAGAUUCUGCGGCUGCGUGAUUUGGUCAAGGAAUACAUGCCGGACACAGCCGCUGCACCGCUCUCCAUAUCGCCCAUCUAAAGCGUUAAACGUGACAGAGGGAGUGAGCAGAGAGAGAGUGGAGUUGAAGCAGGAGAAAGGAGUAACCACUGUGCCGUGUAUAACACUUUGGAGAGAUGGGAAAAGGAAGCGGAAUGAAUCGUUUCGUAGGAGUCGUUAAAUGCAUUGUAGACGUAGACGUAGACGCCCCCCCCCACACACACACACGUAGAACGAAUGAAAAGAUAAACUGUAUUAUAUUUAGUUUAGAUCGGAGGAGGAGGAAGGAGGAAGUAUGAAGAGAUCGCUGCAGGACAAGCAUGGACAAGAGUUAUUCAAAUCGUUAGAAUAUAUAUAAUAUUAUUAUAUAUGUUUAACAGUUACAAACUAAACUAAAAACAAACAACAAACGAAAAUACCAGCAAAAGAACGAAAAAAACAAAAAACAGAACACAAAACUCAAAAAAGUACACCAAAUAUAUAAUAUAAGUCUUUAAGCAUAUUUAACGCAAGGAUUAACGCAAAAACAAAACCAAACCCUAAACGAAUCCCCAAAACAAAGUAGAAAGCGAUCAAUCACAAAGCAUCACAACGAUAAAUCGAUAUCGAUAACCAACACAUGAUAAUCACACACACGUAGCAAUGUUUUGAGGUUUACAAAACCAUAAAGCGGUUCGUUCCGUUCUCGUUAGUCGCACUCGAAUACCGAAAUCACAUGUUUCGCUGUGACUGUUACUGUGACUCUCGUUAUCACACAUUCACGUAGAACCACCCCCCAAAAAACCCACCCAAUAAUCCCAUAUCCCCAUACGAAGAUAUAUCGAAGAGUAGAUAUGAUUUUUAGCGCUCGAUGCUCGAUAAUUUUUAAACUGCAAUCGAUAAACAAAGAUA